AUGUCGUCCGAAACGUUUCUUGACCAUAAACCGUUUUUAUCUGAUUCGUUUGACGUGCAUGCAUAUGCCAAUGCGAUAUUGCAAGGAAGGUCAUAUAGACCAGAUGAUAAGAUAGAAGAAGGGAGUAAAGAGAAUAAGGAAAAAGGUGAUGGAGACGUGGGAGCUGAAUUGGCCAGACUGAAUUAUGGGAUUGAGGAUGUAACGAAACAACUGAGACAAGAGAUAACAUCUUCAUAUCCACUACUUUUAUCGCAUUUAACAACGUCCUUAUCACUCUCAUCGCAUCUUUCACCAAUACAAUCCUCCCUAACCUCACUAUCAACUUCAUUAGAAAGAUUACAUUCGAAAAUACAUACUCCAUAUUCUAAUUUAUCGUUACUGGUGUCCAGACAACGGGUUUUAGGUCUAGUUACUGAUUUAACUAGAAGAGCCAGUAGGUUCGUUUUGCUGGCUAGGAGAUUAGAAGGACAAUUGCAGAAGAUGGAAGAAAGUGAAAAAGGUAAUGUUGAAGGUGAAAGAGAAAGGGAAUUAGCAAAAGCAGCUUUGAGUGUAGCAGAAAUAGAUGCGUUAUUGAGACCCCCCUCAAACGAAGAAGAAGAAGGAUCAGGUAUACUACAACAAAUACCUUUACAGGAAUUGGAUUUCGUUCAAGCCCAUAUCCCUGUGGUCGAUAAAGCUAGAGAUACGAUAAUCCAAGAAAUGGAAAGUAUGGUUGUCAGUGGAUUGGCAGAUCUGAACCAAUCAUUAUUGUCAUCCUCACUACAAACAGCACAUAACCUUCGGCUACUUCCUGAACUAGUUUCUAACUUGGUAGCAGACCUGAAUGACGCCGUUACUUUGAGAGUGACAAAAGCGUUCGAUUCCACUGCUAUAGGGAAAGAAGUAGCAGCAAAAGAAAAUUCGACAUCUCACAGCGCAAUCAAGUUUGCGAGAGGUAACAAGCCCGCUGCUGAACCUACUAGCUCCAAUACUCAAUUAUGGGUCACGACACUUUGGAGCAGGCUGGAAAAAGUCAUAGAGGACGUAGCGAACUGCUGUAUCAAGGUGUAUACACUUGAAAAAGUAUUGAAAUUGAAAAAGGACGCCGUGACUGGAAUAGAGUUUUUAGAUGAAGUGAUGAAGACUUUGGACGAGAAACCUAGUUUCACCUUCUGGACCACAUUAGCGAAGGCCUUCGAGGGCCAAUCGAAAGAUGCUAUCAGGUCAUCGCCAUGGCUACAGCAAGCGCUGUCUACGGGGUAUCCAAGACUACUUCGACUCUUCCAUGACUUCUUUGCCAAAAUCGCCGUUCAUACGGAUACAAUUUAUACAAGAGACUAUCAAAGUACGGAAGCCGUCCUUGUCUUGAGAUCAGUAUCGAUGUUUGAAACCCUAUAUUUAUCUCGCUCAACGACAAGAAUGAAUGAUUCUAUAUCAGCUGCACUCUCCUCGUAUCUCUCUGCAAGGGGAAAUCCGCCUGGACCUGGAGAUGGUGUAAGUAUAGCUAGAACAAUAACGAAUGAAUUAGAUUCAGCAAGAUUUGAUCCACUAUUAGUAAGAACUGUAGCUAGAAACGCUGGUAAAGUACUUGAUGGAUUCAUCAAAAGGAUUGAUGCUAUGCUCGUGAAAGAUUUCACAGCGACAAGUCUCAUAGGCCCAAAUGCUACUCCUGCGCAAGUCUUGAAUUCUCAACUAGUAGGAUGCUUGUACCAUUGUUGGCUCAAUAUACUGUAUGUGCAAAAUGAGUUUGCAGGGAAAGUAUGGGAAACCUUGAGUCCCUCCAUCGAUUCUCUGGAGACCACUUACAAACGGAUUACCGAUUUACUGGAUUCUGCCCUUCGAAAGGAAUUGUCAUCUAUCUUAUCUCGUAUACAUAAGGUCGAUUUCUCAAAACCGAUGGAUCCAAUGACAAUGGGCUCAGGGGGAGGUUCACCUUAUAUGCAAGAUCUGAUAGAUAAACUUGGAUUUGUUCGAGGUGAGAUACUGGGUAGGUUGAACUUGGGUGAUAUGAUGAAAGAAUGGGUGAUAGAAUUGAGUCGAUAUAUCAUUAGAACUUUCUUGCUACACGCAUCUAUAGCUAGGCCAUUAGGUGAAAGUGGCAAACUAAAGUUGACAGGAGAUAUGACAGAAUUAGAAAUGGGUGUAUCAAAUUUACUCAACACAGGUAGAGUUCAAGGUGCACGAGGUGGAAUGAAGGUGGAAAAGAUCGGUGAAGAAUAUUUAGCCUUACGUUCUUUCAGACAACUGCUGUUCGCCGAAGAUGUGGCAUUGGCCAAUCCAGUAGAAACAGUUCAUUUACCGCCCGCAAUCGUAAUACACCAUAUAAUAGUUUUAUCACCUUUGAGAUUACCACAUGAGUUACAUGGCUGGACGGAACAAGAAUACGUUCUAUGGAUGUUCAAACAUGAUGAAGAGGAAGAGCAAUUAUCGUUAAUCGAAAAAGCUGUAGAAGAUCAAUUAUCUUCGAAUUCUUCUUCGGCAAAGACGAAUACUGAUGGAGAAGGAGAAGAAGAUUUAUAUGUCAGGUUGAUCAGAGAUGUUUUGGAUCAUGCGAGACAUCAAGAUGAGACGCCUGGUGUAGAAUAG